GGAGAGGGCCUGAGGGGAGGAGAAAGGAACAGCACUGAGAGGGGCCAGGAGCCCAGGAAGGGGAGGGAAGGGCAGCCGCGGGCCAGGGGUGAGCCUGCGGGCCACGCGCGACCCCCGGAGCCUUCGCAGCCCUCUCAGUGUCCCCACCCCCAGCCCAGGCGAGUCCACAGGACCCGGGCCCCUGCUCCUCCUUCGCCUUCUCUUUGCUCCUUCUUUUGCUUUGUGGCCUUUCUUUCCCUUCCCAGACACACCUGGGAGCUGCCCCCAAGCUCUGGGGCGCCCCGCGGGGCCCUGCCAAGGGUGCGUGUGAGAGGGGGCGGCGGAGCCGGCGCCGGGUGCCAGGGGCCGAGGGUGGGAGCAGGAGCUCGUGGCCCUGCGCCCUGGAGCCGAGGACUGGAAGGGGGCUGGGCCCCUCCGCCGCCUGAGCGCAGGCCGCGCGUCGGGAAGGCAGUCCCGCCUGUUCCAGGGGUGCCUGCGUGCUGGUUGCUGCUGCCCGGGGCAAGGCGCCGUGCCGGCGACCUCAGACCCCCGGGCGCGCUGAGUGAGUGCGCGCGUGAAAACCGCCGCGCCGCCGGGGGUGCGAGUGUCCGGGCAGAAGGGGCCACUCCAGCGACCCAGCCCCACGGCCACGGUCUCGGGGGCCUUUGGCUCCAGGCAACUUGGGACGGGCGUCUCAGUUCUCGCUCUCCUUCCCUCCCAGCGGGGUCGCCGCAGACCCCAGCCCUGGGAGCACCGCUCUGCAGCGCGGCCGGCGGGUGGAGAGGCUUGGCCCCUAAACUCGCUCGUCCAGCCCAACCGCCCCGGCGGCUUCCCCCAGCCCUCGAGGCUCUCCUGAGCGGCCUGGAGAGGCGUCGAGCGCAGCCCAGCGCCCGCCUGCUCACCCGCCCCGGCCCCGGAAGGGAAUUUUCGGCUCCUGCGAGCCCGGGGCGCCCCCGCGGCCUAGGGCGGGCAGCUCCCGGGGCCUGGCCGAGCCGGUGGCGCCCGGGAGGCCGCGGGGACACCACGCAGCGCGCGCCCUUGGAUGCCUUCCCGCAGCGACGCCCCGGCCCGCCCCGCUCCUCCUCCUGCCUGGCUAGCCUGCCUCUCAUUUGGGAAGUUUUGUGGGUUUUCUUUCUCCUCCUCCAACCUUGGCGGAGGCCACGACUCAGGCGCCACAGCUGGGGGCUAGAGGCCGCGGACCAUGGUGCGGGGCAGCCACCGCUGAAGUCAGCAAAACCGAGCCUGGCCUGAGGCAGGCUGCGCAGGAGGCCAAAGCCAUGGCCAUUGCCACGUCGGCCCAGCUGGCCCGGGCACUGUAUGACAACACCGCUGAGUCCCCCCAGGAGCUGUCCUUCCGCCGAGGGGAUGUCCUACGGGUCCUGCAGAGAGAGGGCGCUGGUGGACUGGACGGCUGGUGCCUCUGCUCCCUACACGGCCAGCAGGGCAUUGUGCCCGCCAACAGGGUGAAGCUCUUGUCUGCUGGCCCAGCACCCAAGCCCAGCCUCUCUCCUGUGUGCCCAGCCCAGCCUGGCUCACCAUAUCCAGCCCCAGAUCACAGCAAUGAGGACCAGGAGGUGUAUGUGGUGCCGCCCCCAGCUCGGCCCUGUCCAACCUCAGGACCUCCAGCUGGACCUUGCCCACCCUCUCCUGACCCCAUCUACAAGAUCCCCAGAGCUAGUGGGACCCAGCUGGCUGCUCCCAGAGAUGUCUUGGAGGUCUACGAUGUGCCCCCCACCGCCCUCCGGGUGCCCUCCAGUAGCCCCUAUGACUGCCCUGCCUCCUUUUCCCACCCUCUGACCUGGGUUGUCCCGCAGCCCCCUGGAGAGGAUAAUGCUCCCUAUGAUGUACCUCUGACCCCAAAGCCACCUGCAGAGCUGGAACCAGAUCUGGAGUGGGAAGGAGGCCGGGAGCCGGGGCCCCCCAUCUAUGCUGCCCCCUCCAACCUGAAACGAGCGUCAGCCUUACUCAAUUUGUAUGAAGCACCCGAGGAACUGCUGGCAGACGGGGAGGGCGGGGGCACCGAUGAGGGGAUCUACGAUGUGCCUCUGCUGGGGCCAGAGGCUCCCCCUUCUCCAGAGCCCCCUGGAGUCUUGGCCUCCCAUGACCAGGACACCCUGGCCCAGCUUCUGGCCAGAAGCCCCCCACCCCCACACAGGCCCCGGCUCCCCUCAGCUGAGAGUCUGUCCCGCCGCCCUCUGCCUGCCCUGCCUGUUCCUGAGGCCCCCAGCCCCUCCCCAGUGCCCUCUCCUGCCCCAGGCCGGAAGGGCAGCAUCCAGGACCGGCCUCUGCCCCCACCCCCACCCCGCCUGCCUGGCUAUGGAGGCCCCAAGGUCGAGGGGGAUCCAGAGGGCAGGGAGAUGGAGGAUGACCCAGCAGGACACCACAAUGAGUACGAGGGCAUUCCGAUGGCCGAGGAGUAUGACUAUGUCCACCUGAAGGGCAUGGACAAAGCUCAGGGAUCUAGGCCCCCGGAUCAGGCCUGCACAGGGGAUCCUGAACUGCCCGAGAGGGGGAUGCCGGCGCCGCAGGAGGCCCUGUCCCCAGGGGAGCCACUGGUUCUGUCCACCGGAGAUCUACAGCUCCUGCACUUCUACGCUGGGCAGUGCCAGAGCCACUACUCGGCCCUGCAGGCAGCCGUGGCAGCCCUGAUGUCCAGUACCCAGGCUAAUCAGCCCCCGCGCCUUUUUGUGCCCCACAGCAAGAGGGUGGUGGUGGCUGCUCAUCGCCUGGUGUUUGUUGGGGACACCCUGGGCCGGCUGGCAGCCUCUGCCCCUCUGAGAGCACAGGUCAGGGCUGCAGGUACAGCACUGGGCCAGGCAUUGCGGGCCACUGUGCUGGCUGUCAAGGGAGCUGCCCUGGGCUACCCAUCCAGCCCUGCCAUCCAAGAGAUGGUGCAGUGUGUAACAGAACUGGCAGGGCAGGCCCUGCGAUUCACUACCCUGCUCACUAGCCUGGCUCCCUGAAGGUCCUUUGGCACAGCUCUGCUCCUCCCCUGCCUGCCAAAGCCCCCCUUUAGGCCUUGGGUGGCUGGAGGGCUUUGUUAAGGGACUAGGAGAAGUGGGGAUAUCUUUCCCCUUUCCUGCCCUUUCUGCUCAUCUCAACCUCUCACAGAGGUGUCUUCUCCCCCUAACCUACAGCUUUUUGUACAAGCCAUUUUGUAUAAAUUAUUUAUAUUUAAUAUUAUUCCCUGCUUUGUCAGGAGCAGGUACUAGGCUCUGGGGCAGUGAGGAAUGGAUCCUUCUCUCCUCAGCCUAGGGUGGAGGUCACUGCACUGCCACCCACCUCUGGAAGACUGGCCAUGAAAAGUCAGGUGGCAGAAACCUGGGGCCACAUAGAGCCUCUCUCUUUUCCUGUUUCUUGGCUCUAGAAGAUCAGCACUGCACUGUUAGCUGAGAGUGCGGGCAAGACAUAAACUGUCCAGAGUUUGAAGGUUCUCGGAAAGACCAGGGGGCUUCUCCCCACAGAAGGCGGAGAGAGCUGGGGCUCAGACAUGGGUGUGCACCUCAAUAAACCCUGCUGUCUGCCUCCCUGACUCUGCUUCUUGGGAGCAUGGUGAGCAGCCCUGGUGCUCAGCAGCCAUACCUAUGGGACACAGACUACGAAAAGGAUGCCUUUAGGGUUUGGGGGAGAUUUUACUCCUUUCUUCAACAACUAUUCACUGGACAAGUUCUCUGCUCCCAUGAUGUGCCAGGCACAGUUCUGCAAGUAUAUUGUGAAUGUAUUGUUAGAGUGGGAUACACAAAUAAGUCAGUUAAAAUACAUAAAUAAAAACAUAAACCUGCCAUAGAUUUGACAUUUGCUGGUGAUGGAAGUCGGCAGGAUGAUGUGAAGAAACUAAGUAGAUAAGGGGAGAGGCCAGUGAAGGAGACUUUAGACAGGAUGGUUGGGAGGUGAGAUCUGAACUGAAACCCAGAGGAGGAGAGUCUGAGGACUAGUGUUCCCAGAAGGCAGAUGCCGAUGACUGACCUGAGGGCCUUCCUCAAAGACUUCAUUGUCAUAUGAUGUCAUUAGAGAGGUGUCAAUGUGGAGAGAAGCUGACCACAUAAGGGCCUUGAAAUGUGCUAUCCUGGAGAGGCCACCCCAACUAAAGGCCCAGCCUCAGCUUUGCACCACAGGAUAGCUCUGGCCAACUGGAGACUGCUGCUGGCCAGUCUAGGCACCCUCUUCCUUAGGUGACACCAAGAGGGUAUAGGCCCUUUCACUCAGCUUCCCAGGUAGAUCAUCUCAGGAUGACCUGCUCAUCAUCCUUCUGGACAAACCAUUUUCUGGAGGAUCCGCAGUGGCAGAUGAAUGCAAUGUGUUGAAAGGUCAGUCUUCAGGACUUUGGUGAAAUUGAUAAGACCAUGGCUUAGAUAGAUCACACUAGCCAUUUACCACAAGGGAAAACCUCCAAGCUACAAAUCAAUUGCUUCAGUUCUGCUUUCCCAAGAUAUUACCAUGGCAUGAUGAUUGGAUUGGGGGCAUAAUCAUAGUCUGUUGGCACUCCUGCACAUUUGCCUCCUCCCCUUUAGGUUCCUUUCUCAUCUCACUCUCAAAAAUGCACUGUCAGAUUCUGGGGCCAACAAAAUUCACUUCUAUGUGUUGAAGUCCAUCGUCCAUCAUCUUCCAAACAGAAUUUCAAGAGAUUAGCCUGGAAUUAGAGGUUUCAAUUCAAGUCUCUGAUCUGCCGUGUACUUGUGCAUCCAUGGGUAAAUCAUGCCAGUUCCUCUGAAGUCCUGGUUUCAUCUUCAAUAUUAGCAUGAUCAUAAUGGUCUUACAGGCUUAUUGUGAGGACCUAACAAGAAAAUGCAUGUGAACAGCCCCACAAUGUAUAAAUUAAGUGAUUAUUAUUCCAGGACAGACACAAGGAUGCAGACAAUAAAUCCCCAAGGAAUAUUGACUAUACAGCACCAUAGUAAAACCUGAAGAGAUGCUGAAAUGAGUUGGGAGAGGGGAAGUGGUAGGAGGCUGCUUGAUGCAUUAGCAAAGAAAUGUUUUGGAGGGACGCAGUGACUCGCACCUGUAAUCCCAGCACUUUGGGAGGCUGAGGCCAGAGUACGGCUUGAAUUCAGGAGUAUGAGACCAGCCUGGGCCACACAGUGAGACCCUGUCUCAACAAAACAUCAAAAAAUUAGCCAAGUGUGGUGGCACAUGCAUGUAGUCCCAGCUAUUCAAGAGGCUGAGGUAGGAGGACUGCUUGAGCUGGGGAGGUAGAGACUGCAGUGAGCUGUGAUCAAGCCACUGCACUCCAGCCUGGGUAAGAUAGUGAGAUGCUGUCUGAAGAAAAGAGUUUCCCAUAUGUGGAAAAUUUCUGAACAGAGACAAGUUAAAGGUGUGGUUCAGUGGAGAGAAGGGGGAAAGAUUUGCCGGCUGACAAUGAUCGAACACUGCUUUCUAGCCCUUACCUAGGAUUAGAGAAUAAAAUACCUAUCAGGUAACAAAUCUCUUAGAGAUGUGUGUCUCUACCUUUAAUGCAUAAUAUCUAUGCCUGGAUAUCUGGUUAAAAUACAGACAGAUUAUGAUUCAAGCGUCUGGGUGAGGCUUGGAUUCUGCAUUUCUAACAAGCUCCCAGGUGUGCUGCUGGUCCAUGAACCACACUUUGAGUAGCAAUUCUAGAGGUUAGGGAAGACUCCUGUGUAGCAAAGAUGUUUGAGCUGAGAGCUGAAGGAUGAGAAAAAUGUGACUAAGAAGCUUUUUAGGUGCAGGAACCAGCUUGUUCAAAGGCCUCAUGGCACUGGGAAAACUAGAAGAAGGUCUGUGGCUGGAGUGCGGAGAGUUUGGGGAAAGAAGUGAGAUGGAACUACAGACAGCAUGUGACCAGUCAUGUAGAACCAUGUAUGAGGCAUCUAGAUUUUUAAUAUUCACUUUGACAGUGAGGAGACACCACUGAAGGCUGGUUAGCAGGAAAGAUACACGAUCAGAUCUGUAUUUUGAAAAGAUCAUUCUAUCUGACUAUAAAUGACAUAUGGGUGGCAAGGAGGUGUAAACAAAGCGGAUGCUGAACACCACUUAGGAAUUAGGGGGCUAAAGUGGUCUUUGCAACAGGUAGCUUGACUAAUAGUGGUAGAGAUGGAGAGAUGUGGGAUAUCUGAGAAUAUACAGGAAGUAAAAUGGGCAGAAUUUUGUAAAGGAUUCAACAUGGAUAAGGAAGAGAAAGCUCUAAGGGCUGUUGCCUGAGCAUUUGGCCACAAUGCAAUUGUGGGUGUCAUUCACUGCAGAAAAAAGCAGUGGAAGCCAACCAAUUUAUGGGGGAAAAGCAAAAAUUUUGUCUUGAACAUAUUGAGUUUGAGGUCCCUGUGAGUCAUCCAAGGUGAAGGUCAAAUAAGAGGUGGCUUCAUGGGUCUGGAGCUCAGAACAGAGGUGGAAGCUGGAGAUGUCAGUCUGGGCAUCAGGUUUGUAUUGUUUGUAUGGGUGGUGAUUGAAGCUGUGGGCAUAGGUAAGAUCCCAAGGUGGAAACAGUGUGAGAUGAGAGGAGGGCCUAGGACUAAGUCUGUGAGGAUUCCAGACACUGAACGAUGGUGUCUAAAUGAUACAGACAGGAAUGGCCCUAGAAGCCAGCACCACCAGCCUCGUCACUACCAAUACAGACCCCUCCUGCAGUUGCGUCACCCCGCUGAACUUCAGUCAUUGCCUCAAAAACCGGGACGAUAAUGGCCUGCCCAUGCUCAGCACCAAUGCCAUGAGCUGGAAGACGAUUUCUGCAAUGGAGAAAAGGGGAGCAGGAGAGACUCAGCAGCAAAGGAAGAGAGUGUUUAGAGGAAGAGGAGCUCAACAGUGCCAAAUGCUGUUGAGAAAUGGAGAUUCAAACAGGAUGGGAGUGAUGAAACCCAAGAAAGUGGUCUCAUUGUAGAGGACUGAAGCUAGGGCUGGUACAGGGUCAAGCCAGUCUUGUAUGCAUAAGUUGUACUGUAAUAGCCAGUUUACAUGUCUGUCUCCCUGGAGUAAAGGUCUCCAAAGUGGAA